GUGUAGCAGAGGCUCCUGCCUCCCCUGCCAGAGGAGGGCUUCCGCUUUCUGGUGCCGGGCCUUCGGGAACCUCCUGGGAAACCUCGGGGUGUGUGCGGUGCGAUGUGAGGACCCUUGGUAAAGGAACAGAGAACACGUGUGUUCUGCAGCGGGGAGGUGGUCGGGCUCUUAACGUAAGUUUCUCAAACAGUUAGGUAUACAUCCUGACUGGCAAUUUGUAGAUGUCUAUGGUAUGGAACCAGAACUGCUUAGCAUGGUGCCAAGACCUGUAUGUGCAGUGCUUCUUCUCUUUCCAAUAACAGAAAAGUAUGAGACCUUCAGAACAGAAGAAGAAGAAAGGAUAAAAGCUAAGGGACAAGAUGUCAAAUCAUCAGUGUAUUUCAUGAAGCAAACUAUCAACAACGCUUGUGGGACAAUUGGGCUUAUUCAUGCUAUUGCCAACAACAGAGAGAAAAUGAACUUUGAAACCAAUUCAUCACUGAAAAAGUUCCUAGAAGAUUCUUUAUCUAUGACUCCUGAAGAGAGGGCCAAAUAUCUAGAAACUUAUGAAGCAAUUCGUGUCACUCAUGAAUCCAGUGCCCAUGAAGGUCAGACUGAGGCACCAAGUAUAGAUGAAAAAGUAGAUCUUCACUUUAUUGCAUUAGUUAACGUAGGUGGUCAUCUCUAUGAAUUGGAUGGACGCAAGCCAUUUCCAAUAAACCACGGGGAAACCAGCGAUGAUUCUUUUUUAGAGGAUGCAAUAGAGGUUUGCAAGAAAUUCAUGGAACGUGACCCAGAAGAAUUAAGAUUUAAUGCAAUCGCACUGUCUGCAGCUUAAAAACUUUUCCACUUGGGCUAACUAACCUAUUGCAAUGUAUUGUAACGAGAUAACUGUUGCCAUAUGUUAAUAGUACAAGUUUUGAUACUUCCCUAACAUGUUGAUUAAUUGUAGCACAUGUGGAAUAAACUUUGCAUUUGUCCUUGA